CGCCUGAAGAUAAGCGAUAAGCCGGAGGUUAAAGAACACUUUAUCAAACAAUGGAGAAUCUUUCUACGGUGGUUCUCCUGGUGUGUUUGUACUUUCCCUUUUCUGAAGCGUCAUGUGUUCAUGGGUGGGUGACUUUUCGAGACAAAUGCUACUUUUUUGGGAAAACCAAAGAAACCUGGUAUGCUGCAUCGGCGCUGUGCCAAUCGUUCGGAAGUAAACUUGCUGAACCGGUCACACAGGAAGAGGUGGUGUUUCUGGGACGUGAAACGAUGCAGAUAGGAAACAACGGGGAUUACUUUAUUGGGAUACACGACAUAUUCCUGGAGGGGGAGUGGAUGUACGCCUACUCCAGGAAACCCGUGACCCUGACCAUGCCCUGGGCGAGCGGUAACCCUGACAACUACCACGAAGAAGACUGCGUGGAGAUAGACUCCUCCCCCCAGUUCCAUGGAAUGUGGGGGGACGCUCUAUGUUCGUACCCCCUGUACUACAUCUGUGAAUACGACUCCAGCGAUUAUAUACAGGCACCUGCGGUAAUUGGUUGAGGAGGACUAUACAUAAAUGUGGAGUACUUCUAACAAUAAAUAAAAAAUAAACAAAAAUAAAUAUGA